UUGGAGUCGUGUAUACUGAAAUUGUGACUUUCCACAGUUAAAGCGAAUUGUAGGACAUGUUCGUGUGUUUUAUGUGCUAAUUCUGUGAUACAUUUAGUGCUUCAUAUAAUAUAUGCUAUCGCUUUCUACUUUUUUGUGUUCCUUGUUAUGUCUUACCUGAAGCUAUGUUUUCAUUCGAGGAUGGUGCUUAGGAGUUAACAAGACGCUUGUUGGAGCAAAUCGGCCUUUUAACAAGAUGGUUUGGGGAAGGUAUUUAUUAACUGCUGGGCUCCAAUGCUGCCGAUGCAGAGUAACGUGUCACGUAAAGAGACAUUAUAGCUUUCUCCCCGAUGAUGUGAAAUCAUUGCGGACUGUGAUAAAUCCUGACAUAGCCAAGAUUAGAAACAUUGGCAUUAUGGCUCAUAUUGAUGCUGGAAAGACAACGACCACAGAAAGAAUGCUCUUUUACUCAGGCUACACAAGAGCCCUAGGAGACGUAGAUGACGGGGAUACAGUCACAGAUUUUAUGGCUCAGGAGAGGGAACGUGGCAUCACCAUACAGUCAGCAGCAGUCACAUUUGAUUGGAAAAAUCAUAGGAUAAACCUGAUAGACACCCCAGGACAUGUUGAUUUUACUCUGGAGGUGGAGCGAGCACUUCGGGUUCUUGAUGGGGCUGUUGCAGUAAUUGAUGCUUCUGCAGGUGUUGAGGCCCAGACUCUAACUGUGUGGAGACAGGCUGAGAAGCACCAUGUUCCCUGUGUUUGUUUCCUGAACAAGAUGGAUAAACCUACAGCAAAUUUGAGUCUUUCCAUUGAGACCAUAAGACAGAAACUGAAAGCGAAUCCAAUCAUCCUACAGAUUCCAGUGGGCAGUGGCAGAAGUUUCACCGGUGUGGUGGAUUUACUGACCAACCAGAAGCUUAUAUGGAAGCUAAGCUCUUUGAGCGAUGAUGGGCGUCUGUUUGAAAGCAAACCUCUAAAGCAGUCAGAUGACUCGGACCUCCUGCAGGAGGUGUCAGAGGCCAGGGCGGCUUUAAUUGAGCAGGUUGCGGAUCUGGAUGAUGAGUUCGCAGAAAUGUUGCUGACUGAUUUCAGUGACAAUUUUGACAUGGUUCCUCCACCUAAACUGCAGGAGGCCGUGCGGCGGAUCACUCUGUCUCGUAGAGGCGUCCCAGUACUGUGUGGGAGCUCUUUGAGGAACAAAGGAGUUCAGCCUCUGCUGGAUGCCAUCACUGCUUACCUGCCCGCCCCCAACGAACGGCAGCAUGACGUGGUGCAGUGGUACAAGGACGACUUAUGUGCGUUGGCUUUCAAGGUGCUCCACGACAAGCAGCGUGGCCCUCUGGUGUUUCUUAGGAUCUACUCUGGCGCCCUGAAAGCGCAGACAGCCAUUCACAACAUUAACAGAAACAGCACUGAGAGGAUGAGCAGGCUGCUGGUGCCAUUUGCUGAUCAACACGUAGAAGUCCCCUCAAUGUCAGCAGGAAACAUUGCACUGGCUGUAGGACUAAAGCAGACAGUCACAGGGGACACCAUUGUUUCAUCCAAGGCUUCAGCAGCAGCAGCAGCUCGUUGUGCUCAGGACAGUGGGACAGUGAAGAAGAAUGGGGAACAUGUAAAUGUGGUGCUUUCAGGAGUGGAGGUCCCUGAUCCUGUAUUCUUCUGCACCAUAGAACCACCCACAAUGUCAAAACAGGAUGAUCUUGAGAAUGCACUAAAGUGCCUCCAGAGAGAAGACCCCAGUCUUAAAGUGAGGGUUGACCCUGAUUCUGGGCAGACUGUUUUAUGUGGGAUGGGAGAGCUGCACAUCGAGAUCAUCCAUGAUCGAAUCAGAAGAGAGUACGGUAUUGAGACUCACCUUGGACCCCUCCAAGUGGCUUAUAGGGAAACCAUUCUCCGUGAUGCCUCUGCUACAGACAUGCUGGACCGGACACUCGGAGAGAAGAGGCAUGUUGUGACAGUGGCGCUGUCGGUCAGACCUGUGGAACCCUCGUCUCCAGGGUUGGAGUUUACAGAGGAGCUGAGGGCGCAGCUUUCACAAGAAAUGAUGGCUGCAGUAGAAAAUGGCGUGCUCAGCUCUUAUCUGCAAGGUCCAGUGUUAGGUUACCCACUACAAGGUGUCUCUACUUCAAUCCAAAGCGUCAACAUGGAGCCGGGAACCUCUCCUGCCAUGGUUUCUGCAUGCGUGUCCCGCUGCAUGCUUAAGGCCCUGAGGCUCGCAGGAGGCCAGGUCCUGGAGCCAGUCAUGUCAUUAGACGUUACAGUUGGGGAGGAGUAUCUUGGCUCGGUACUGGGUGACUUGGCUCAAAGACGGGGUACCGUCAGAGAAAUCCAAAGUCGCCAUGACGACAAGGUGCUGCUAGCAGCAGUGCCCUUGGCAGAAAUGAUGGGCUAUUCCACCAACCUGCGAACACUGACAUCAGGCAACGCAACCUUCUCCCUGGAGCUGGACACGUACGAGGCCAUGAACCCACAGGACCAGAAUGCUCUCCUUAAAAGAAUGGCCGGCCUGUUGUGAUCAUUUACUGAACCAGAACCAGCUAGAAACAUGGAGACUAUCCAGAAAUACAGAAUCAAUGACAAAAUGACUUAAAUGUGGAGCCCAUUCAUCUAUGCCUUAUAAAACACCAGACUACAACAAUGUAAACAUUUUAUUCACAAUCAACAUUCAAACAAACAUUGCAUAAAAACAGUGCAUUUGUAUUUAAGGUGGAGAGAUCAACAGCAAUAGUAAAGUAAAACAGCAUUUGAUUUAAAAGUUUAAGACAUAAGUAUAGUUUGAUUUCCUUUUUUUCAUCCCCCUACGUGCAGACGUAGUUGUUUUUACACCCCUUUGUACUCAUGAGGACAGAAGCUGUAAAACAGUGGCUGCGCUGGAACCCCACGCCUGAGAAGAGAAAGAUGGUUACCGUGAUUCAAGGGAGCGUUCGGAGUGUGGUACUGACACACACACACACACACACACACACGCAGGAAGUAACUUACUCCACCAUGCGACAGCGAUGAAGGUGCAGUCGGUUGUAGGCAUCGCCGAUGUCCCUCACAUCUGCAGCGCUCCACAGCCGCUCUGCCGCAGCACUGGCUCGAGGCCUACGAGCAACACACCCAACACGUGUAAAUGCACAAUGUCAGCGUGCAUGUACUACAUUACAGUAACGACCCCUACCAGAGUCUAGGUGACAGGUUGGUGGCGUCCACGUACUCUCCCCACAAACAUGCUUCUCCACCAAUCACGAGCUUUUUCUGUGCCUCGGUGCCUAUAUUUAAAUAAAGACAGGUGAGUACAUCAGGCAGUCUGUACAGCCUCCAGGGAUUUCAACGGAUGGACCAAGAUGUUAAAAUUGAUUAAAUGCUUCAAAAUUUCCAUUUGUUAGUAAAAGAUUAAGCUUUGUGUUCAUUCAACAGGCUUACACAUACUGUACUGGCACAAGCACCCACUAUGUGACAUUUCAGCUGUGUGUCAAAGGUCCACCAAAACAGCCCAUAAAAUCUAAGUCAGAACAAUAAAUGAAUAAAAUCAU